AUGGGGCUGCAAAAGAGGAAAGCUCCAUUCAACGAUAGAACCAGUACCUGGCAACCCUGGGCAAGUUGCCAGGAGCCUGUGGUUGGUUGCAAUAUCAUCAAGACUCUUAAAAACCAUCGGGUCUUCCUUGCCACCUUUGCUGCUGUGCUUGGGAACUUUAGUUUUGGUUUUGCUUUAGUCUACACCUCCCCGGUCAUCCCCGCUUUGGAAAAAUCUCUGACCCUCAACUUAAGACUAACAGAGGAAACGGCAUCCUGGUUUGGGUCUGUGUUCAGCCUUGGAGUCGCAGCAGGUGGUUUCGGCACCAUGUUUUUCAACGACUACCUGGGCCGCAAGCUGAGCAUCAUGUUAUCUGCUGUCCCAUCUUUCAUCGGAUAUCUUUUCAUGACCAGCGCUCAAGAGACCUGGAUGCUGCUGGUCGGCAGGCUGUUAACAGGAUUUGCUGGGGGAGUGAUUUCUGCUUCCAUCCCAGUGUACAUCUCUGAGAUCUCUCACCCUGGAGUCCGGGGAACUUUGGGAUCCUGCCCUCAGAUCAUGGGCGUCUUGGGUGCCCUUUUCCUCUAUGCUUUAGCCCUCGUUGUUCCCUGGCGCUGGUUGGCGGUGGCUGGACAGGUGCCUGUCCUUCUCAUGAUCGUAUUGAUGUCUUUCAUGCCUGACUCACCUCGUUUUCUGGUCUCCAAGGGGAAGGAGGAGAAGGCCCUUGAUGCCCUGGUAUGGCUGAGAGGAGCAAAUGCAGAGUACUGGCGGGAAUACGAGGAAAUCAAGGACAGCUUCAGUGAACAGAGCAGACCAAUUUCCUGGGAAGAGAUCAAGCAGCCCUACAUCUGGAAACCGAUGGCUAUCACCUUGUUGAUGAGGUUCCUGCAGCAGCUCUCAGGGAUUACCCCCAUUCUUGUAUACCUGCAAGUGAUAUUUGACAGCACAGAGGUCAUAUUGGAGCCACAAUACGAUGCUGUUAUCGUGGGGGCCGUACGCUUAGCAUCGGUGGCAGUUGCCACCUUCUUAAUGGAUAAAGUCGGAAGGAAGAUUCUUCUAUAUAUCUCAGCCUGCAUUAUGCUUGCCUCAAACUUGGCCUUGGGCUUCUACAUCCACUUCAUACCUCUACCUCAAUAUUCCCUCAGCAAUUCCUCAGCAAUUAUGGUUAACAGUAGUAGCCACGAGGGCCUGGCUACCAGCUGGACAAGUGGCCUCACCGUCAUUCCUCUGAUCGCCACCAUCGUCUUCAUCAUAGGUUAUGCCAUUGGUUGGGGUCCCAUCAGCUGGCUGCUGAUGGCUGAGAUUCUCCCACUGAAGGCCCGAGGGACAGUGUCUGGGCUGUGUGUGCUUGUGAGCUGGUUGACCGCCUUUGUCUUGACAAACACCUUUCUGUUGGUUAAGGCAAAGUAUGGCCUGGAGGUUCCUUACUUCUUCUUCGGGGCUGCCUGCAUAGUGAAACUUAUCUUCACAUUUUUCAUUCCUGAAACUAAAGCAAGGUCCUUGGAGCAGAUUGAAUCAUACUUCCGGACUGGGCAGAAAUCAUUUAUCUUUCCACCGCCUUAAAUGAACUUUCAACAUUAAUUCAAUAUGAGAAAUUACAAUAUGAGAAAAUGAGAGGCUUUUGAGGCCAUGACAGGUUGACCACUGUCAUAACUUAUUAUCCAAGUUUCCCCAGUCCUUAAACUGGGAUGGGAGGUGGGGCGGAUAUAGUGGGCUAUUAUUGCUCAUAUAGAUUUAUUAAUUUCCUUAAAACUGACAGGUGCCAUGGCAGCUAAGAGGUUGCAGUACACACCAGAAAGUUCUCAGCUGGAACCUUGCCUCAGUCACAAACUCAUUAAAUGGUUGAAGGAAAGCCAAUCUCUCUUUAUUAACUCCCUCCAUCUGCAACAUGAAAAGGUUAUUGUAAGGGCUGCUAUUAGGAUGUGUGUGAAGCAUUUUGAAAAUUGUAAACC